UUCGUGCUUUCUGCUUUCGCUUUGUCAAAUAAUUUUUAUUUUUUAAGGUUAUGAUGUUGUAAAACAUAAACCGUCUUAUGUAAUAAAUAAUCAUUGAAGAUACAAGACGUUGGUUUUUUUUACUAAGACUAAACUGCUGAAAACAAACUCCGGCACAAGUGGCGAGUUUCAUGAAAGUCUCAUGCAAUCACAGCAGCAUCAAGAUAUUACAUCCACAAUAAUUUUACAUAAGUUAGAAGACAGCACUGAAGAAUGGGUUGGAAGAUGGAAGUUGGUAAAAUGAUGCUUUACAUGGCUUUCCCAUUAGCUACUUUUCACUACUUCAACCAGCCUCAAUUUUAUGAAGAAUGGGUUGUGAAAACUAAAAGAGAACUUUAUCCUCCUGAGUCGGAAGAAGUUAACGAAAAGAUUAGAGCACAAUUACUCGAACUAAGGCGUGAGCGAGAACUCAUUGAACUCAAAAAGAAGGAGGCCCAACUAAAGUAAAUCGAAUGGUUUGUGUUUUAGUGUGAAGACUUGUGACUCUUUUGUACAUAAUAAUGAAAUAAAUAAUUUAUAGUGAUAUUGUAUAGUAUGUUCUGAACAUGUGUAAUUAAAUUUGUAUUAUAUUA